CGUGCCCAAUUGGUAGAGCAGCUGAAAUGCCUUGACCAGCAGUGUGAGCUUCGGGUCCAGUUACUGCAGGACUUGCAGGAUUUCUUCCGCAAGAAGGCAGAGAUUGAGAUGGAUUACUCAAGGAAUUUGGAGAAGUUGGCUGAGAGAUUCCUGGCUAAAACUAGGAGCACCAAAGACCAGCAAUUCAAGAAGGACCAGAACGUGCUGUCCCCAGUGAACUGCUGGAACCUCCUGCUCAAUCAGGUGAAGCGAGAGAGCAGAGACCACACCACCCUCAGUGACAUCUAUCUCAACAACAUCAUCCCACGCUUUGUCCAGGUCAGCGAGGACUCAGGGAGACUCUUCAAGAAGAGCAAGGAAGUGGGACUGCAGCUCCAGGAAGACUUGAUGAAGGUCUUGAAUGAACUCUACACGGUUAUGAAAACCUACCACAUGUACAAUGCUGACAGCAUUAGUGCUCAGAGCAAGCUGAAGGAGGCAGAGAAGCAGGAGGAGAAGCAGAUUGGGAAGUCAGUGAAGCAGGAAGACAAGCAAACUCCACGUUCCCCUGACUCAACAUCCAAUGUCAAGUUUGAAGAGAAACACGUUCGGCGAAGCUCUGUCAAAAAGAUAGAGAAGAUGAAGGAGAAGCGCCAAGCAAAGUACACAGAAAACAGACUGAAGGCAAUCAAGGCAAGAAAUGAGUAUCUGCUGGCCCUGGAAGCCACCAAUGCUUCAGUGUUCAAGUAUUACAUCCAUGACCUGUCUGAUCUCAUUGAUUGCUGUGACCUGGGAUACCAUGCUAGCCUCAACAGAGCCCUCAGGACAUUCCUGUCUGCUGAGCUGAACCUGGAGCAGUCCAAGCACGAGGGGUUGGAUGCCAUCGAAAACGCCGUGGAGAACUUGGAUGCCAACAGUGACAAGCAGAGGCUGAUGGAGAUGUACAACAACGUCUUCUGCCCUCCCAUGAAGUUUGAGUUUCAGCCACACAUGGGUGAUAUGGAGUCACAGCUCUGUGCCCAACAGCCAGUCCAGAGUGAGCUGGUGCAGAGGUGUCAGCAGCUGCAGUCCAGGUUAUCUACACUGAAGAUUGAAAAUGAAGAGGUUAAGAAGACAAUGGAAGCCACACUGCAGACAAUCCAGGAUAUAGUCACGAUAGAGGACUUUGAUGUCUCUGACUGCUUUCAGUACAGCAACUCCAUGGAGUCUGUGAAAUCCACAGUCUCAGAAACCUUCAUGAGCAAACCCAGCAUUGCCAAGAGACGAGCCAACCAGCAGGAGACAGAGCAGUUCUACUUCACAAAAAUGAAGGAAUAUCUGGAAGGAAGGAACCUGAUAACGAAGCUCCAAGCCAAGCACGACCUCCUUCAGAAGACCCUGGGAGAAAGUCAGCGGACUGACUGCUCCCUUGCCAGACGCAGCUCCACCGUGAGGAAGCAGGAUUCCUCCCAAGCCAUCCCCCUGGUCGUGGAGAGCUGCAUCCGAUUCAUCAGCAGACACGGUUUGCAGCAUGAAGGAAUAUUCAGAGUGUCUGGGUCACAAGUGGAAGUGAAUGACAUAAAAAAUGCAUUUGAGAGAGGGGAAGAUCCCUUGGCUGGGGACCAGAACGACCACGACAUGGAUUCAAUAGCAGGAGUCCUGAAGCUCUACUUCCGAGGGCUGGAGCACCCACUCUUCCCCAAGGAUAUCUUCCAUGAUCUGAUUGCCUGUGUCACAAUGGAUAAUUUACAGGAGAGAGCUCUGCACGUCCGGAAGGUGCUGCUGACCCUGCCGAAGACCACUCUGAUUGUCAUGAGAUACCUCUUUGCAUUCCUCAAUCAUUUAUCUCAGUUCAGUGAAGAAAAUAUGAUGGAUCCCUACAAUUUAGCCAUCUGCUUUGGGCCAACGCUGAUGUCUGUGCCUGAAGGUCACGAUCAAGUCUCUUGCCAAGCUCAUGUCAACGAAUUGAUCAAAACCAUCAUCAUCCAACAUGAGAACAUCUUCCCAGGACCAAGGGACUUGGAGGGUCCACUCUAUAGCAGAGGUGGAAACACAGAGGAUUACUGUGAAAGUCCUCAUGGAGAGAGAGCCUCAACAGAAGACUCUGUGCCAGAUGUCACAGCUGAACACCAUACCAGUGAUGAUGAGUGUGAGCCCAUAGAAGCGAUAGCCAAGUUUGACUACCUUGGCAGGACUGCACGAGAGCUGUCCUUUAAAAAAGGAGCCUCUCUGCUGCUGUACCAACGAGCCUCAGAUGACUGGUGGGAAGGACGACACAACGGCAUCGACGGCCUCAUUCCUCACCAGUACAUCGUCGUCCAGGACACUGAGGAUGGCAUCUCGGAGAGAUCCAGCCCAAAGUCAGAGAUAGAGAUCAACUCAGAGCCCCCCGAGGAGAAGGUGACAGCUCGAGCUGGUGCCAGCUGCCCCAGCGGGGGCCACGUCGCAGAUAUUUACCUUGCAAACAUCAACAAGCAAAGAAAGAAACCAGAGUCAGGCAGCAUCAGAAGAGCCUUCCGUCAAAGUGACAGCCACGGACUAGGUAGUUCUCUGGCAGAACCAGCCUCCCCAGGAGCCAUAGCCGGUUCCAGACCCUCAUCUCAGCCCAUUAUGAGCCAAAGUCUUCCCAAGGAGGUUCCAGACAAAUGUUCCAUCAGUGGCCACGGCAGCCUCAAUUCUAUCAGCCGACACUCGUCGCUGAAGAACAGGAUGGACAGUCCCCAGAUCCGCAAAGCUGUCACCGCAGGCAGGUCCAAGAGCUUCAACAACCACCGACCCAUGGACCCCGAGGUCAUUGCACAGGAUAUCGAAGCCACCAUGAACUCUGCUCUGAACGAGCUGCGGGAGCUGGAGAGGCAAAGCAGCGUCAAGCACACGCCGGACGUCGUCCUCGACACGCUGGAGCCUUUGAAGACCUCCCCAGUGGUGGCCCCAACGUCUGAACCUUCCAGCCCUCUGCACACUCAGAUCCUCAAGGACACUGAGCCCCCUUUCCAGCGCAGUGCCAGCACAGCUGGUGACAUUCCCUGCACCUUUCGACCCGUCAAGUCGGUCAAAAUGUCCUCCCAGGUGAAACCUCCUGCCACUCGCCCGAAACCCACAGUGUUCCCCAAAACGAACGCCACGAGCCCUGGUGUGGCCUCCUCUGCAGCUCAGCAGCCUCCUGACAAGUCCUGUACUGUCUGA